CCGUAUCCCAAUCUUUCGCGCCGUGCCACUGGAAACGCGCAUCAUGGAUGCGUUUAACAGCCGCCCGGCGGCCCCUAAUCUUCAGGUCCCGCAGUUCGAGGGCACGCCUGCCCAUCGCGACGCACGUUCCGAUCACACCAUGCCCAACAACAUCAACGAGGGAGCUAUCCAACUUGCAGAUCGCGCACCAAACUCCGCAUACGACACACCCUCAAUCGGACAUUCUAGGGGAAGAAUCCCUUCCAUCCAUCGCACCCAUUCACACUCAACUCUCGACGACCUCUCUUGUCCGAACAAGAACAGCACCGGUGGCAGUCCCACCCUUGACGAAUGGGAACUGAAUCUGUUCAACCGCUUGUCCCAAAUUGUCCAUGGACCUGGUGAUCCCGGUCCCAUCGGGCAACCCAGUGGUAGCCUUCCCGUUCUUGCUGAAGGAGGACAAGACGGCGAAGUCGCUCCCGUCGCCACUGAACCUGCUCUCCUCGAAGCAGUGGUUCUCCCCAAGACUAAUUCCGCUCUUUCGCGCGGUGAUCCCCAGCACCCGUCCCCGCAGCCUGUCGCCAGAUGUAGUGAACCUCUUGAACUUGAAGUCCACUUGUUUUCUCUACCUUAUCCCUCUUUGCAACCUCGUGAUUGGGAUGAGCGUGGCUAUCCCAUUCUUAACAACAAAGCUCCAUCUCAACCUGGUCUUCGUCAGACUGGUCUUCCUCAGGCUGCUCUUCCUCAACCUGCCCUUCCUGAGCCUGGUUACUUUGAGGAAAUCUUUGCUGAGCCGGACCAUGCUGAGCCGGACCAUGCUGAGCCGGACCAUGCUCAGCCAACUCCUUCUGACAGCCCCCAUCAAGAGCAGUCUCCGGCUGACCUUUUUGCUGACGAGGUUCUUCUAGAGCCUGGUCCGACAUAUUCUGAGAUGUUUCCAGAGCCAUCUCCUACUGAGCCCUCUCUUCCCAUGGCCGCUCAAGUCGAGCCCUCACUUUCCAUGUCCGCCCACCAAGAGCAUGCAGCCACCGCUUCUCCUGAGUACGUCCCGGCUGAGGUCACUUCUUCUGAGCUCGCUUCUGCCGAGCCGGCUUCUGCUGAACCCUCUUCUAGCGAGCGCGUUCGCGAACCCAUCAUCAUCAAGGCCAAGUGCCAAUUUUCGGGAUGCGAUGCCAAGGCUUAG